GAGAGCCUCAGUGCGGCAGGAAAACCGCAUCACAGAGGACCGAAUGCAAAACACAGGUUAUUUAUACAAUGACACAUGGCCACGAAAGGAAGAAGCCGUCUGCUUCCAAACAACUCAAAUAAUGGAAAUAUUGUUAUUUUUAUUCCAGUCGACGAGUAUCUUUCCCCCUCUGAUAUCCAAGGAAACCUAGCUUGGUCCGACGGGAGAGCAUUUCAACUGGUAGAGAGCAGAAUGGAUGACAAACACCAAGAGUAGCGACCCAUUGUGUCAACGAGACCGAAAAAGACAAAAACCUAGCCGCCCGAAGCAUUUUAUGACUGAAAGAACGUGCACAUCUGUGAAUAAUCUUGCGGAAAGACAUACCAUCGCUUGAGUUUACAGCGGUUUAUAGGUUGCCAACAAAUUCCAGUACUGGGAUGCUUUCGCUUCAUAGGGUUUGACUAAGGGUACAAUUAAGGGAGAAAUAUGGGUGAAGUUCAGGACGUCAGGGAUGUUAAGAAGACCUUCGUUGCUCCGGCAAUAAAGUCUUUUGAGCACUAUGACUUCUCCCGAGCCAAAAUCUGUUGCAGCCUCACAUGGCUGGUGGCCAAAGCGUACGGGACAGACAGCAUCCCAGCAGACUUGAAGGACCCCUUCUACACAGACCAGUAUGAGCAGGAGCAUCUGAAGCCUCCUGUGGCCAGCCUCCUGCUAUCCGCAGACCUCUACUGCAGGGCCGGCAGCCUCAUCCUGAAGAGUGACGCUGCCAAGCCGCUGCUGGGUCACGAUGCUGUCAUCCAGGCGCUGGCUCAGCGGGGUCUCUACAUCACGGACCAGGAGAGGCUGGUCACUGAGAGAGACCUGCGAAAGAGGCCGCUGCAAAUGAGUGCCCAUCUGGCAAUGAUUGACACUCUGAUGAUGGCAUACACAGUGGAGACUGUGAGUGUGGAGAAGGUGAUGGCCUGCAUUCGUCAGUAUCCAUCCUGCCACCCUGAGGUGGAAACUCCUUAUGACACUGAAGAUGCAGUGACCACCUGGAUCAACAAGGUAAAUGAAUAUCUGAAAGAGACUGUGGCGCAGGAGCAGAGGAAGAAGGAAACGCAGGGUGCUGAGCCAGCUGGAAGUCCUCGGUCUCCAACCAAGUGGUACAUGAAGCUUGUGCCUGCUCGCUACAGGAAGGAGCAGGCCUCAACCCAGCCGGUUCCUUGGAUCCCCCCAGUGGACAACCUGCUAAAAGACAGCACAGAUGGCUCAGCCCUGGGUGCACUGCUGCACUUCUACUGUCCUCAGCUGCUACCACUGGACGAUAUUUGUCUGAAGGAGAAUAUGAGUCUGGCUGAUCGACUGUACAACCUUCAGCUAAUACAAGACUUCUGCAAAGACAACCUGAACAGCUGCUGCCACUUCAGCCUAGAAGACAUGCUCUAUGCUUCGUCCACCAUCAAGAAUAACUACCUGGUGUUCAUGGCAGAGCUGUUUUGGUGGUUUGAGGUGGUCAAACCAUCAUUUGUGAAACCAAGAACGCUGGAUAAUGAAGGCACGGAGUCCUCAUCCUUGCUGAAGAAUAUCCCAAUAAUCCCCAUCUCCAAGGCAACUAAGAAGAGUUUUAUGGAAAGACCCCCAAGCCCUGAAAGACCCAGUUUACCCCUGCGACCCCAGCCUCGAAACUCAGGGGAGAUCAAGAGGUCAACCUCAAUGUCCUUUGUUGAUGGCAAUCUUGGCACCUGGCCAAAAGAGAAAAGAUCUGGGCCUUACGGGGUGUCCUUUGACAUCCCCUUUGACAAAGAGGAAUCUGUACCUGCACCUCUUCCCUCCACACGUGGCAUGGUCAGGUCUGUCAGCACUGAUGAUGGUUCUGGGUUCAAAGUCCUCCACUUGCCCCGUGGAAUGAAGCGCAACCUGUCCUUCCAGCCGGUGAAUGGUCAGAGUGUUGGCAUUGAAGAGGAAGGCUGCCCAGACAGCCUUGCUGGCAUGGAGCCUAGCCUAGCUAGCAAGCAAGGAUACUCCAACGGGCAUGGAGGAGUCAUGGAAACAACUCCCUCCAUGGAGGAAGCCCUUCAGAUUAUCCACAGCCCAAGCAGGCCUCCAGUGGACGGCAUUAACAAUGGUUUCUUUUUGCACAGUCAGGAACAGGGGGCUGGUGUGGGUGGUUUAGACCCUGUGUCAGAGGUCGACUCCAAAGGACCUUUGAGCACCACAGACACCACAGAAGUCGACACUGGCAUCCAUCUCCGAACAGAGGACAUGCUAGAUGAAGAUUCCUCUCUGAAAGACUGCUCUGUGAACAUGGAGCUGGAUAUGGACACGCCAAGUCCCUGCCCAAGCAGCAAAUCCCCUUCAGGAGUAAAGAUGACCAGCUUUGCUGAACAGAAGAUGAAGAAGCUUAAUCCAUCAGCACCAGACUCAGGCAGAGGCAGUAGCAGCUCCCUGAAGACCACUCCAGAGGGUUCUGAGUUUGGCCUCCCACUAUCUGUCUCAUGGGCCCCAACCCCUGAGCACAGCCCAGUCCGCCAACAAACCACACCACCCCCUAUUUCUCAGCCAUCACCCACACCUGUCCAGCUUCCACCCAAUGACCCUGCACAGGUCAUGGCUACAGAGAUGGUACAACUGAGGAUGAGGCUCGAGGAGAAACGGAAAGCUAUCGAGGCACAGAAAAAGAAAGUGGAGGCAGCUUUCACAAGGCACCGGCAAAAGAUGGGUCACUCGGCAUUCCUAAAUGUGGUAAAGAGAAAAGGUGAUGGUGCUGCGAGUGGAGAAGAAGGGGGGAAAAUUGAGGGAGAAGGAAAGUCAGCAACCACAAGUCCCACCUUUAAAUUUGGGAGGAGCAAGACAGGCACGCCUGAUGGGGCAGAGCAAAGCAGUACAGCUUCCUGUUGGCAAAAGUCUCCUGGUGCAGGUGAGGAAGGCGGACAAAGCCACACUCAGUUAACCGAAGUGGAUCUCACAGAGUAUACACGUUCGAUAGAGAAACUCAAUCAUUCUUUAGCCUUCCUCCAGACUGAGAUGCAGAGAUUGGCUCAGCAGCAAGAAGUGAUCAUGGCCAUGAGGGAGCAAAAACAACAGCAGGCAUGGGUCAUCCCUCCUCCACAUACAAACCCCUCACCACAAAAGCACAGUCGAGCCGGAGCUGUUAUUCGAUCCUCAGGACCCUCUUCUCCUGCUGACUCCCCUCGUUCCACCCACCGCUCUCCAACCAGCAUCAAACGCAAAUCUGCAUCCUUCCACUCACGUAAUCCUCGCACCGCUCGACCCAGCGAGCUCAAGCUGGCCCCCUACAGUCGGGUCUUAACUGCACCACAAUCCGUCGAUAGUAUCCCAAGGCUACGGCGAUUUUCUCCUUGCCAGCCCCUGGCAAGUUCCUUCGUUUACAUGGGAGACAAACCAGCAACUGCCAAUUCAGCGACAGUAGUUCCAGAUGGAGAUAAAAACAAGGAAACACAUUCCCUCCUUUCCCCAGAGCGGGAGUUUGUGGGUGUAUGUGUAGCUGGUCCCCCAUGUAGCUCCCCAAAACUACAGAACAAAAAAGAAAAAACUGAAGUAGGUACUAAUGCCCAAACCCAGGAAACAGAAGCUCACAGUCAAUCUAAGAUCACUGACAUGGAAACAGAACACCAGAAAGUUCAGAAGCCAGAUAUAGAGCUCAAACCUACUGUUGAGUCAACAUUCCCUGAAGUGCUAGCUCACCCUGUGGUAGAGACCUUCAUAGUGAUGCCAACAGAGAUCCCGUCUCAGCCUGAAUCCCCCGACCAAGCCAAAAGCAGUUUGAUUGAGGUUCCUCUGUCAGUUGUGAAACCACUGGAGGAUCUGACUCUGGAUGAAGGCCUGGAAAUACAGCAGGGCAAUGUGGAAGACUUAGAUGAUGAACAGAAGAUCUGCCGUGGUUUCUUCUUCAAGGAGGAUGGAAAAGCAGAGGAGAACAUGGCCCAGAAGAGGGCUGCACUGCUGGAGAAAAGGAUGAGAAGGGAAAAGGAGAGCCAGCAGAGGAAGAUGCAGCUGGAAGCUGAGCUGGAGCAGAAGAAAGAGGAAGCUCGACUAAAAGCUGAAGAGGAGCGCGUCAGGAAGGAGGAGGACAAGGCCAGGAAGGAGUUUAUCAAGCAGGAGUACCUCAGGAGGAAGCAGCUGAAGCUGAUGGAGGACAUGGACACCGUCAUUAAACCUCGACCCACAGCGGGGGCCAAGCAGAGGCGAGGCCGCCCUAAGUCUAUCCAUCGUGACAGCAUGGACUCACCCAAAACCCCCGUGAGAGCUGCCACAGGUUCACGCCAACGUGUCUUUUCAGUCUCCAGCUUGUCCCUCGCUUCCCUCAAUCUGGGAGACAGCGACAGUGUUCACUCUGAGAAGAGAGCAGCAAGGCCUGACUCUGCAGAUGGUUUCCUGUCCCCCAGUCGCUCCAGCAGCAGGAAUGGAGAAAAAGACUGGGAAAAUGGAUCUACCACCUCCUCUGUUACAUCAAAUACAGAGUACACUGGACCGAGGCUGUACAAGGAGCCCAGUGCCAAAUCUAACAAGCACAUCGUCCAGAAUGCUCUGGCGCACUGCUGCCUCGCAGGCAAGGUCAACGAGGGGCAAAAGAACAAGAUUCUGGAGGAAAUGGAAAAAUCAGAAGCCAACAACUUCUUGGUUUUGUUCCGAGAUGCCGGGUGCCAGUUUCGCGCUCUCUACACUUACUGCCCCGAGACCGAAGAGAUCAACAAGCUGGCAGGCAUCGGCCCCAAGAGCAUCACACGCAAGAUGAUCGAUGGCCUCUACAAGUACAACUCAGACAAGAAGCAGUUCAGCCAGAUACCAGCUAAGACCAUGUCAGCCAGUGUGGACGCAGUGACAAUCCACAACCACCUCUGGCAAACCAAGAAGCCAGCCACCCCUAAAAAAGUAGUGCCUGCCCAGUCCUAAUGGGACUUGAUAUCCCAAACAUUUCCUUUUCCCCUUUGAACGGAACAUAACCAGUCUCAAUUAGCACUUCAUUGUACAUAUCCAUGAAGAUUCAAACACCUGCAAUGCCAGUUAGAUGAAUGCAUAUUUGUCUCUCUUUUUUGUAUGUUGUUCUUCUCAUUCCAUUCCCGUCCUUGUUUAUCCUUCAUAUUCUGGACUGGAAUCGAUAGGACUUAAAGCUCAUGAACAGCUGGAAUGUAUGACACUGUCAAAGAACGAUGUAAACAUAAUCAUGUCAGACAGUUUAUGAAAGCACGUGUGACUGCUGUUUUUGUUCUCUAUGUGCCAAACGUCAAAAUAAAAAGAAGAGAGAGAGAGAGAGAGAGACAGUAUGAAUGCCAGGGCAUUUUACUCUGUACACUGAAGCUCUGAAUGUUUUCAGUUCAUGUAAAAACUGAUUUUUGCUCGCGUUACCCUGUUGAAGUGUGGCCUUAUGCGCGUUUUGUUUUAGUGUAAGAGUGCAGUGAGGUGACUGUAAUGCGACAGCCUCUUUUGUAUUUGGAAGAAGACUUUUUUUUUUUCUUCUCCUCAUCUGUGUGAGUAAAACAGUUUGUAUAUUAAGGUACGUAAACUCCAAAGGGCCAAAAAACUGAUUGCAUACAGCUAGCGUUAGCCACACAAAAUGUGUGUGUUCAGCUCAACAAAGCAAAGCGGUUCCAGCUUUUUCAGAACCCUUUUUCGAGGAAGUGAUUUUAAUGAAUGCAGGACGUUACUGUAGAUCACUGAUUCUCAACCUGUGGGUCAGGACACGUGCAGACAGUUUGUGCUAUUAGGUACAAUGUCAGGUUUGUAAGUGAUUUAAGUAAUUCAGUUAAGUAAACCUUACCGGUUUGUUUGCUUUGCUUCACCUCAAAAGAUUGGGAACCUGUCCUGUAAAUCACUUUGCUGCUGGUUCACAGCAGGUUUGUGAACAAAUGAAACUGCUCAGUAUUACUUAUUUUUUAUUAUGAAAUGCUGCCGACUAUGUUGGAUCUUUGCAGUAUGCUGAGAUAUUGUACAAUCACACUCCCAGCCACUGGCAUCAGGACUGAAAUCCAAGCUAUAAUGACACCUACAAAGUGUUUCUCUUUAUAUCACGAUCAAAUUCAAUUCUUGUCAUUUCUUAACAAUAUUAAAUUCAAAAUUCACACUCAGGCUCUUCAUUGUCAUAUCUGCACCCAACUUUAAGCCACUUUUGAUCCACCAAAAUGUAGUACGAAUAGUUCAUAUGCUAGAUUUCUCAUAGUUGAAAUAAUUUGUUCUGUCAUUUAAAAGCUAAGUAAUGCAUUAAAAUAAGUAUUUUUUUCCCCCCAAUUCAUUAAAAAAGGCCACAUUAUGAAAUGUUUGUGUCAUUUUCAACAUAUCUGUGUAUCUGUUCCAUCACAGAAAUGGGUUCAACCUAAACAACUAAAGCGUGUGUGUUAGCAGCACAUCUGUCUGCCACCUAUAAAUGCAACACAUCGUGAAUAGGUCAGUAAUAUGGUAAUUUUGCUAGAUUUAUUUUUUUCUAUUAGCACUAGGAUGAAAUUCACACAGUAAUGCAAGGCAGAAUAGGGCAGAUAGAUCCUUGUUGCUGCAUACGGGUAGAGUCUCGCCAUUUGGUUUCACUGGCGUCAGCAUCGUGUUACUUUUUUGCCGCUGAAUGUCCGAUCAACACCGUUAGCAGGCGCGAUUUCCAACAAAAUAAAUCUGCCAGCGUGGUGCUUUGUUUUUAACUGGGGAGGGUUAUUUAUGACCAAAUGAGAGCAUGUACAUGUUUUUGAAAAUGUAGACUAGUACGACAGAGAGAAGAAGUGUUUCAUUGUACUGGAAGGAUGUUUCUGCAGAAAGCUCUGUCUGCCUGCAUUUGGCUGUUUAAGGCCAAGGUAAAAGAUUAUUUAAACCGUAAUGAUACUGUACAGUGUGUUCAUGUGAGCAACUUAUUCACUAAUGAUGACUUUGUUUUUGUUUCGUCAGACGCUGUGCUGUCAUUCAACAUAUGGCUGAACAUGUAGUGUCAUUUUUUUCUUUGUUUCCUUUUUCAUUUUGCAUUAAAUAAAAUGAAGCAUGUCAUCAGCAUGUACGUGGUAUUGAUUGUAAAAGACAUAAGGAUGUGUGAAGAGGGGACACAGCAAUUAUAUUAAUAUACUGUUGAAGCAGUAGCAUCAAUUCCAGCUGUGCUGUUGUGUCAUCUCUGUGUAUUCUUCAAUGAAUUUGAGACACCCAACAGUGAAUUUCCUCCUAAAGUGCAGAGAGUAACUAGACU